AUGACCUCGAGGAGAACAUAUAUGUGGCUAUCGCUAGCUGUUAAGCAGGUGCCGAGGCCUGUUAUUGGGAUGCAGCGAUGGCCGCCGUUCAAUCAUCUACAUCAACGCACCCGCUUUUCGUUCAGCGCAUCGACAAGAAUUCAAACGAGGCUAAACUCAACAGCAAACCCUCGGGCAAGUACGGAAGAGAAACCCCACCAAGAAAGACUCGAGCUGUCGACGGCGACGGGCAACGCAUCAGGUGCCAAGGAUGUGCGUAGACUGUUCCAAUUGGCGCGGCCUGAGCUCAAGUCUCUAGUAUGCGCCUUGGUGCUGAUCGUGAUAUCCGGAGCCGUGAGCAUGACCAUCCCCAGUGUUAUCGGGAAACUGCUAGAUGUUGCACGAGAGGACGUGGAGCAGGAGAGCGGGGAUGAGGAGGAGGCGGUACUGUAUGGGCUCCCCGAGAAACAGUUCUACUUGGCAUUGAGCGGGAUCUUCGCCGUGGGCGCACUUGCGAACAUGGGCCGCAUUGUAGUACUUAAAACGACUGGUGAGCGCCUGGUUGCCCGGCUGCGGACUCGGACAAUGAAGGCCGCGCUAGAGCAGGAAGGGGCCUUUCUUGACAGCAACCGUGUGGGCGAUCUGAUCUCGCGACUUUCUUCAGAUGCCAGCAUUGUAUCGAAGUCUAUCACACAAAAUACAUCGGACGGUGCACGCGCCGUUAUCCAGGGAGCUGUGGGAUUUGGAAUGAUGAGCUACAUAUCCUGGCAGUUGACUGCGGUUAUGACGCUGCUGGCACCUCCGCUAGUGCUGAUGGCUGCCUUCUAUGGGCGGCGCGUGCGAAAUUUGUCUCGAGAACUACAGACAAAGGUCGGCGGGCUGACUAAGGUGGCAGAGGAACAGCUAAAUGCUACGCGGACGGUUCAGGCCUACUGUGGUGAGCGCCGUGAGAUCCGUCGUUACGCUACUGAGGUUAGGAAUGUGUUUGAUGUCGGGCUCAAGGAGGCGCUGAUAUCUGGCUCCUUCUUCGGAGCAACAGGCUUUGUCGGUAAUGCGACACUGUUGGCGCUGCUACUUACCGGUACCUCUAUGAUCAAGGGCGGGGGGAUCUCUGUAGGCGAACUUUCAAGCUUCAUGAUGUACGCUGUCUACACCGGCAGCUCGUUGUUCAAUCUGUCGUCAUUCUAUUCGGAGCUUAUGAAGGGUGCAGGCGCAGCUGUGCGUGUCUUCGAGUUGAACGACCGCAAACCGCUUAUCCAUCCAACCAUUGGUAAGGAUCCCGUAUCACUGACGGGCAAGACAAUUGCUUUCAAUAGCGUGAACUUCGCAUACCCUACCAGACCGCACCAUCAGGUUUUCGCAGGCAUGGACCUCAGCAUCUGCCCAGGGGAACAUGUCUGUAUUGUUGGACCGUCGGGAGGCGGCAAAUCUACGGUGGCAUCGCUGCUUCUGCGUUUCUACGAUCCCAUCAGCGGGUCCAUAACCAUUGGCGGUGAAGACAUCCGCUUAUUCAACCUGAGCAAAUACCGCCGCAUGAUGGGUAUUGUUCAGCAGGAACCCGUCCUUUUCAACGCGAGCAUCCUCGAGAACAUCACAUACGCAUUACCCUUACACCUGACGAAAGAUCCCGCUCGCAUAGACCGUGCGCUGCGGCUUUCAAACUGCUCGGCUUUUGUUGGAAGCUUCCCUGAGGGCCUUCAGACCGCUGUAGGCCCUCGAGGUACCCAGCUAUCGGGCGGGCAAAAGCAGCGAGUCGCACUAGCCCGCGCCUUCCUUCAGGAUCCUGCGAUCCUGAUCCUAGACGAAGCUACGAGCGCGCUCGACUCCAAGAGCGAGGAUAUCGUUGCGAGCACUCUACUUCAGCGCUGCCAAGAGGCCAAGAUUACUAUUUCUAUCGCCCAUAGGAAGAGCACCAUCCAGCAUAGCACCAGAGUCAUAGUGCUGGAUAAGCUUGGCCAUGUUUUGGAGACAGGCACCUACCAACAACUAAUUGGUGACCCCGGCUCCAGCCUCAGCGGCCUCCUAUCGAAGGAACAUAGCUCCGACGCUGAAUGA